AUGUCUGAGCGUAAGGUUUUGACCAAGUACUACCCGCCGGAUUUCGAUCCAUCAGCGAUCUCUCGGAAGCCCAAGGGCAUCAAAAAGAAGGGCCCAAAAGUGAUCACAGUCCGACUGAUGGCUCCGUUCCCAAUGAAAUGCACCGCUUGUGGCGAAUACAUUCAUCGUGGCCGCAAGUUCAACGCAAGAAAAGAAACUCUUGAUGAAAAAUACCUCUCCAUCGCAAUUAUCCGCUUCUAUAUUCGAUGCACGCGCUGCAGCGGUGAGAUAACAUUUCGCACCGAUCCGAAGAACAUGGAUUACGAAUGCGAGAGAGGAGCCAAGCGAAACUUCGAGUCUUGGCGCGAUAGCAAGGACGAGAAAUAUGGCGAGACCCAAGAGGAAACCCUUGAACGACUCGAGCGCGCAGAAAAUGAAGAGGAGGAAAAAUUAGAGCGUGACAAAAUGGCCGAACUCGAGGAGAAGAUGAAAGACUCGAAACGAGAGAUGGCGAUCGCCGAUGCGCUUGACGAAAUCCGUACACGAAAUGCCCGCAUCCAGCGCAACGGGUCAAAUAUCGAUGAAGCUGCUUCAGUCCUCGUUCGGGAUGAGGUUGAUGAGAGCAGACUUCGUGAGGAGAAAGAGGACGAAGAGGCUGCCCGCCUUGCUUUCAGGGAUGCCAGUGGAGUUCGGGUCAAACGCCUUGUUGAGGAGGAGGAUGCCAUACUUAUGCCUCCUCCUCCGCCGCCUAUCGUCCCGUUUAAGCGGGGAAAGAAGAAGAGCAGUGUCCCCAGUCUGGGCAUCAAGAAAAAGCCCUCUCUAAUUUGA